AUGGGCAAGCGCACCAAGCAGUACAAGAAGCUCAUGCGAGCCUUUGAGCUGCUCGGGUUCCGCCAGCCGUACCAGCUUCUCAUCACCAGCGACGUGCUCCUCGACACCGUCAAGCUCGACCUUAUCAACCUCUUUCAAAAGACGUUGUCAACCAAGGACGUGAAGCCCAUGAUUACGCAGUGCUGCAUUAGGGCACUGUAUGCCAAAAAUGUUCCUCCUAAUAAGGACCCGACGGUUGUCGCCGCCAUUGACAGGGCGAAGACGUUUGAGAGGAGACGGUGCGGUCAUCUCAUGGACGAGGAUCCGCUUACGGAACGCGAGUGCAUGCUCUCGGUGGUAGAUCCGAAGGGGAAAGGGGAGAAUAAAUUCCGAUAUGUGGUGGUGACGCAGGAUGAGUGGCUGAGGGACAGGUUACGGUCGGUGGUGCCUACGCCGCUGAUGUAUGUGCGGCGGAGUGUCAUGAUUCUCGAGCCCAUGUCCUCAUCAUCAGCCAAGGCUAGAGAACGCGAAGAGCGCUCGAAGUGA